ACGGUGUGAACGACUAUCGGACCGCGGACCUGUCAUAUCGUAGCAUGCGGUGAUCAACGCGCUAUUAAAAAAAACAUUUCUUGACUAAAGGCGCCUACAGACACACGAACAUUCCUUGAGAUACGUAUGCGCGUUCAAGUACGUUUUAUUCGAAUUGCCUACACACGUAAAGAACAUUUACUGUCCAGCUUGCUAAUAAACAUGGCGUCAGAGUGAUAUUGAUUUAAAUUUAUUAGCAGUGGCGUGCGUGUGUAUAAUCAAGAAAAAACAAAAUCGAUUAAUGAAUAAACGCAGGCCACGAAGUAAAUGGGUAAAGAAAUGGUUGUUGCAGCGUGAUCGAUUCUCACAAGUAAAUCUACUGGAAGAACUUCGUUUAGAACCGGAUGAUUAUCGAAAUUAUCUCCGCAUGGAUGAGGAUAGCUAUGUAUUACUUUUAAAUUAAGUAUCGCCACUGAUCCAGAAACAAGACACGUGCAUGAGGUCUACCAUAUCACCUCAUGAAAGACUCUGUUACCCUUCGGUACCUAGCUACUUGCAGGAACUAUGAAGAUUUGAAAUUUUCUAGUAUCAUCUCACCUUAAUCGCUAAGUAAAAUGAUUCCGGAGACCUGCAAUGCUAUUUAUGAGUUUCCUACAACAGAGGAUGAAUGGAAUACAAUUGCUGCUGAUUUUGAAACGAAAUGUAACUUCCCAAACUGCGUGGGAGCCGUUGACGGCAAACAUGUUAAUAUACUCCCCCCUGCUGGAAGUGGUUCUUACUUCUAUAACUACAAAGGAGGACAUAGUUUAGUGCUCAUGGCUAUAGUCAACGCAAAUUAUGAGUUCAUUAUGGUUGAUUUUGGAGUAAAUGGUCGAAUAUAUGAUGGAGGUGUUAUUGACCACACUACAUUUUAUCAGAAACUAAAAAAUGGGAAUUUAUCUUUACCGCCUCAAAGAAAACCUAGAGGCAGUAAAGCUAUAAUGCCAUUCGUUUUCAUAGGUGACGAAGCAUUUUCCUUGCGCUGCGACUUUUUAAAACCAUUUGGUCAGAAAGAACUUAAUAAUGACCGAAACAUUUUUAAUUAUCGGCUUUCACGAGCAAGAUGUAGAGUUCAAAAUUCUUUUGGCAUACUGAGUGCGCGUUUUAGAAUAUUUCAAGGAGCGAUUUCCAUUAGUUUAGAAGGAAUUGAAAAUGCAGUCAUGGCCGCCUGUGUUUUACAUAAUUAUUUAAGACGAAAAUGUGGAACUGCAAAUGUACCAGAAGAUAACGUUUACAGUGAAAAUAUACAAGAUGGCACAAUAGAUUUAGGAUUAGAAAGCACUGGAAUGACAAGACUGCAGCGCGGUUACAAUCGAGGGAGUAACAAUGAAGCAAAACAAGUUAGACUACUGUUUACGAAUUACUUCUGUCAUGAGGGUGCUCUGAGCUGGCAAGAUAAAAUGACACAGUAAUAGUCACAACAGACCCUGUAGAAAACUUAAAGCUUCUUAUUCAUAAAACAUUACAGUACCUAAAUGGAUAAUUUUUUACUUACCUCUCCUUGAUCUGAACCAAACUGUUCAUUCACCACGUUCUCGUCUGGUACGUUUAAUACAGAUGAUCUGGGUAUCUCUUGAUCUUUUAAGAAAAGCAACAAAUUGUAAUACCAUAAAUGUGGUAUAUAUAUGUCAUCCUGCCCAGCUCCUGACCUUUUGGACUCUGCAAUUUUUUUUAUUUCUCUGCGAAACCCAGCACGCAUACUAUUUAUUUUGGUUUUCACUGUUUCCUUGGUAGCCGUUUUUUCUGCUGAAAUGUUGUGUGUGAUUUUUUAAGACCCAUGGUAGCCUCAUACAUUUAAAGCUUGUUUUUGAAGCUUUAAUGGUUAUUUCGUAUCAUAUGGAGAGAUAUACAAACAUAACAUAAAUAUCUAAUCAGUAAUGAUUAAGAAAAAAUACCAUUGUAGUAACACACUGAAUAGGAAUGUGAAAAUGAAGAAAAAUGUAAAUGAAGUGUCAUCUUGAAGACAGAUAAACAAAAUGUAUUGUCAGAAGUGUCAAUUGUACUUUAAAAAGAUUGCCG